UCCGGCCAAGUCAUGUCAUAUGUUCUUAAUGGAUUUGGGCAAGAAUAUAAGGAAACAAUUUCUGCUCUCCGAAUUCAGCCAACGCCUCUCACGCUUUCCACCCUUCGUCAUCAUCUCCAACAAGCUGAAAUUCUGGCCGGUGACAACCCCGACACCUCUAUAUCUGUCCAGUACUCUCAACGGCGAAGCAACAAUUUCUCUCGUGGCAGAGGGGGCAGAGGUCGCGGUCGACACACCUCCUCCAACCCAAAUCCUCAUCAACACGGAUUUGGUUCUCAAGCAAGCAACUCUCGUUCAACCGUCAUCUGCCAACUUUGUGACAAACAUGGUCAUACGGCACGCACUUGUUACAACCGUAAUACUCCUUCUGUUAAUAUGACAGACAAAUCACCAAAUGCAGAGGCAAAUGCAGGAUGGCUUCUAGAUACCGGUGCCACACAUCACGUUACCUCGGAUCUGAACAACCUGGCUAUUCACUCAGACUAUUCUGGCAAUGACUCUGUUAUCAUGGGAGAUGGAUCUAACCACAGGGGCAUCCUUGGCCCGCGGCCGGAGUAAAAACAAUUUAUACAUAUGGCCAGAACAACCAUCUCCACUCGUGUCUCAUAUCUCUUCCAACAUAUGGCAUCAACGCCUUGGUCACCCAACUCUCUCAGUCCAGAAUCGCAUUCUUUCAUCAAAUAAAACGCAUGUUCGUCAAGACAAGUUCCCGUGUCAACCAUGCCUUCAAGCCAAGAGUCAUAAAUUACCUUUUCAUAAGUCUACAAUAAAUUGUAAUCAUCCGUUUGAGUUUAUUUUUUCUGAUGUUUGGGGUCCAGCUCCCAUUUCUGCUAUUCAUAAUACUAAAUUCUAUGUCAUCUUUGUUGAUUAUUACACAAAGUACUCUUGGUUAUUUCCUCUCAAACAUAAAUCUGAAGUUUAUUCUGUUUUUAAUAAUUUUCGUGCACUCAUUGAAAAUUAUUUUAAAACCACUAUUAAAACCUUGUAUACCGACGGCGGCGGGGAGUUUACUGCACUCACACCCUUAUUAUCCCACCAUGGCAUACAACAUCUUAAAUCACCACCCUACACACCCGAACAUGUCGGCUCUGCCGAACGCAAACAC